AGGGCGCUAUACGUAUAUAAACAUGAAGGAUAUGACAGAGAAGUAUCAGUAGAUUUAUUUUUCGUCGUAACAAAGACUUUUGUGAAAAUGAGAACUUUGGUUUUAUUAUCAUGUGUGUUGGCUUAUGUGACGGCAGAAUGUAUGCCAGGGGGAUACUGUCCCAUGCAGAAUCCAGAGAGCAACUUGAUGCUCCAAGAAAUUGUUCAGUUCGCUCUUACAACUCACGCUGCGAAAACAAACUCCAUGUGUGAUAACACCUUCACAAUCAGACACGCCGAGACUCAGGUUGUUGCCGGCCUGAACUACAAGGUGACCGUAGAAGCUACCUGCGGUGGACAGACGAAAGUGUGCGACUUUGUAGUAUUCGACCAGUCCUGGACCAAGACAAGAGAGCUCACCAGUGACCACUGUUCCUCAGGGCACCGCCGUAAUGCCUUGGUUGGAGGUAUGUCUCACGCUGACACCACCAGUACCCAGUUCCAAGAUGCCAUGAGCUACGUUGCCUCUCAGGUGGACUUGCAGAGCAAUGGAUUGUUCCGAUCCAGCCCUGUACACUAUAGCCACUGCUUCCAGCAGGUUGUUGCUGGUAUGAGAUAUGUCUGUGAUGUCACAAUGGGUGAGAACGAAUGCACCAAGAGUGACAACAGAGAUUUGUCCUUGUGUGCCGUGAAGAGCCAGGGAAUGUCCUCCACCUGGCAUGUGGACAUCGUGUCCCAGCCCUGGAUGCCCACCAAGUACACACUGAACCAGCUCACAAUGGUGGCAGACCAUGGCGUACAACAACAGGAUCCAAAAGUCCAGAAAUUAAUCAAACUAAAGAGUAAACUUGGAUUAAAUUUGAAAUCUGAUGCAGCACAAAAAAUAAUGGCAUCAAUGGACUGCAAAGGAAACUGCAAGUUCGGUAAGAAAUUGCAGAAUCUUAAGAAACCUGUUAUUGGUAAAGAUGGGCAUGACAUGCAGCCACAUGGAAAACCUAAUGUAUUUGGUGGAGAUGGACAUGAUUUGAAGCCACAUGGAAAAUCAAACUUAAUUGGUGGAGAUGGACAUGAUCUAAAGCCUCAUGGAAAAUCAAAUUUGAUUGGCGGAGAUGAUCAUGACUUGAAGCCACACAAACAGCAGAUAUUGAUUGGUGGAGAUGGACAUGAUCUAAAGCCACAUGUAAAAUCAAAUCUGAUUGGUGGAGAUGGACAUGAUCUAAAGCCACAUGUAAAAUCAAAUCUGAUUGGUGGAGAUGGACAUGACUUGAAACCUCAUGGAAAGUCAAAUCUGAUUGGUGGAGAUGGACAUGACUUGAAACCUCAUGGAAACUUUAAUCCUUUGGGUGGAGGACUGCUUUUAAAUGGAAGUCCUAUGUUGAAUGGAAAUGUCGGUGAUCUCUGUAAGUGGGUUGUAUUUCAACAAUUUCAGGCUGCCUUCAAGAGGUUGUACAUGUCAAAGCAGGAGGAGAAAACCCGAUUUAAGAUUUUUUGUGAGAACAUGAGGAAAGCAAAAAAGUUACAAGAUGUUGAGAAAGGAACUGCAGUUUAUGGAGUCACAAAAUUUGCAGAUAUGUCUGAAUCUGAAUUCAAGCAGUAUGUUGGCAAAGUGUGGGACCAGAAUGCCAACAAAGGCAUGAAUAAGGCAAAAAUCCCUAAAAUGAAUUCUCUGCCCAAUAGCUUUGACUGGAGGGAGCAUGGGGCAGUGACGGAGGUCAAAAACCAGGGGUCCUGUGGGUCUUGCUGGGCUUUCUCCACGACUGGGAACAUUGAAGGGCAGUGGGCCAUUCGCAAAAAGAAACUGGUCUCCCUCUCCGAACAAGAGUUGGUGGAUUGUGACAAAGUGGAUGAAGGAUGCAAUGGUGGAUUACCCAGCCAGGCCUACAAAGAAAUCAUCCGACUCGGUGGACUGGAGACGGAGGCAGAUUACAAAUACCGAGGUCACAACGAGAAGUGCUCCAUGGAUAAAUCCAAGAUCAGAGUAAAAAUCAACGGUUCUGUGUCCAUCUCCAGCAAUGAAACAGAAAUGGCAGCUUGGUUAGUGAAGAAUGGACCAAUCUCUAUUGGAAUCAAUGCUUUUGCUAUGCAGUUUUACAUGGGAGGAAUUUCACAUCCUUGGAAAAUUUUCUGCAAUCCUAAAGAAUUGGAUCAUGGAGUGUUAAUUGUGGGAUACGGAGUCAAGGGAAGUAAGCCAUACUGGAUCAUCAAGAACAGCUGGGGCCCAGAUUGGGGAGAAAAGGGUUACUACUUGGUUUACCGCGGGGCCGGAGUUUGUGGUUUGAACACCAUGUGUACCUCAGCCGUUGUCAACUGAGGAUCAAAAAACUAGCAGAUCUACAUGCAGUACUUAAGUCCAUCAUCGAACAAUGUACCAAUAUAUUUAAAUUUCAAAUGUGAUAAUGAUUGUUAUUUUGACAUGAGUUUGUAUCACAAUUUCUGACGUUUUAGUUGUCAAAACGAAAUGGAGAUUGAUGGAUUUCUUAUUAACUUUGUACAUACUUAUGUCCUCAAAGAAAUGAUGUAAUUUUUUGCGGCUUCUCAUUACUUUUUAGAUUUUGUGCUUUGUCUUUCAUUUGAUUAUGCAUGUACAUAUAUAAACAUGUUUAAAGUCAUUUUUUUCUGCUUGCUGGUUCUAACAGUUUACAACAAUGAUAUCAUAUUAAUUAUAAGUCAUUUUAAUGUAUGAUCAAAACUUGUUUAAAUACUUGUAAUUACGUGUAUACUUUUACUAUUGUUUAGUAUUGAUUGCAUUUCUUCCCCUUUAUGAUCUGAAAUCAAUGGAAUUUUUCAAAUAUUCUCAAUUUUUAAAUAUUCUCCCCCAAAUUGAAUUUUUUUUAAUGAUUGAUUUUUUUUCUAGUCUCCCUAUUUGUUUAUUUUAAUUCACACAGGUAACUUAAUUCUGUAGUAAAGCCUUCUGUAUAUUUAAUAAAUAAAUAGCUGUUUUAUUUUUUUUAAUCUUAUUUGCUGAAAUCAUAUUGUAACUUAAGUAUUUAUAACUAAUAACGGUAUGUUUAUAGAUUUAACAUGCAUGUACAUGUACAGUAUACCUCCUGAAAUUAUUCUGGUAAUGCGGAAAUCUCAAGAUCUGUUUCUUUUUACAUGUAACUGUGCCAAGUACUACACUAUUUACACAUGAAAAUUUUUCUAAAUAAGAAAUUGGUUCAAUGAUCUACAAAAAUAUUUCAUAAUUUGUGGCUGUUUUGUUAAAUAAAAAUUUUUCAACCUA